AUGACUUCCAAAACUAGUAAAUCAAAAAAAGAUAAAAACUCGGAUUUGAUAACGAAAAAAGAAGAUGCCAUAUCGGAUAAGACCUACCUCACCAAGGAGGUGGAAACUUCCAUAAGUCUCCUGGAAAGUCGGGAAAACGCUGUGGUUUUUGAAUCUCUGCUUUUCCUAUCGAAAUAUGGAGACCUCAAGGAAGAAAACCUUGUGAAACUUCAGAAAAACGGUCUUGCGUGUAAAAUUUUGAGCCUUCUGAAGAGAAACGUUUGCAUACUGAGGAUGUCGUUAAGAUUGCUGGGGAUUUUGCUUAGAAUUGAUGCCACGGUUUUCGAAUUGGACCAGGAUAUAUACGAUGAACAAAUAUUGGAAAUCAGCAGUAUGUACACCUCUCAUCCAGAUGAAUUCGUCAAGCAGUUUUGCUUUCCAAUAUUGUCCCGACUUGCCACCUCCAAUAGAAUAACAACUUUGAUAUUCAAAGCGGAUCUAUUCACGCCAAUUUUUGAGACGUUGGAAAAAAGCGAUAAGGUUGAAUUGAUUAAAAACACUUUGGAUUUGCUUUAUAUUUUGCUGGAUGCACCGGCAGCCAUAGGGAUUCUCGCUGACAUAAAAGUCUUUAAAGUUGAACUUAUAAUGAAGUAUAUCGACCAUUAUGAUACAGACAUUCAAAACAAAUCGUUGGAAAUAAUUAGAAAGUUAACUUACUUUCAAAUUGAAGCAAUACAGAAAAUGUUUAGGGAGCAACAUUUAGUCGAGAAAAUGCUCAACAUUAUCAUGGAUGAGGAGUUAAAAUUACAUCACAAUAAGGCUUUCAGUAUUUUAUCCAACUGCAUGGAUUGCGAUGAAACUAACGCUUAUUUUGUCGACACUUUGGAGUUUAUUAAAUUUUGCCAGUGGGUGAAAAAAUGCGGUUCAGAGUACAUGCUUUUGUGCGUCAGCAUUUUUUAUCAGUUGACUCUUUUACCUGAUUUGAGACAAAUUUUAUUUGAUCUGUCGGUUGAGGAAUCUAUUCUGAUGUUUUUGAGGAGCAAGGAUAAAAAGGUUCUCAAUUAUACAUGUAAAGCUAUCUCGAACAUGACAGAACACACUUACUGCUGCCAAAGGAUGUUAACACCAAUUGUCUUCAAGGAAAUCCUCGGUAUUCUUCGAAGAGAAUACGAUCCUGAAGAUCCAGAAAAUGAGGUAGCAUUAAAGACACUUCACGAUUUUGUUGUAAGAAAUUAUGUGAUCGCUACGCAAAUGUUAGCGGAAUACGAUGGUUUGCCAGUGAUUCUAAAGUAUCUUCAAAAAGGAACGCCAACUUUAAGCGAAGAUUCGUUUUCUAGAGUCCUGCAUAUUUUAAACAUGGUUUCAGUCCACCCUGAACAUAAAAAGGCGAUCAUAAACGAUGAAAUUUUUAAAUUAAUUUUAUCGCAUUUAAGCAACACUUAUGCGGAUGUAAGAGCGGCUGCCGUAGAAAUCGUAACGAAUUUCGUUCCUUUGGAGCCAUUCAGAGAAUUUUUUCUUAAUUCAAGUGGUCCAGCGUAUAUUUUGGAGGUGCUGCAAAAUGCUACAUGCUUGGAUUAUAUUAAGGCGCUUUUGGUUUUCAUUCAUAGCAUUUUGAUUUAUAAAAACGUGGCUGAGGCCUUUUUACACAAUAAAAUUUUAGCUGUGUUGAAAGGAUUACCAAAACAUAUCGCCGUUAAAACACCGUUAGCUGAUCAAAUCUUAAAGUUAAUCUACACCUUGUAUUUGCCUGUGAAGUUCUUCGAGUUGGGUAGACUGGAUGUAAUGGAUAAACUCAAGAAUAGGUUUUAUGUUGUCACAGGGAAUUGGACGUAUGAUAUACCUUUUUUGGAGAUAUACGAAGCGCAAGCGAAGUGUCCUAGAAAUACCGUGUAUGUGGUGAAUUAUUCUGCUGCUAAACAUUUCGAUAUGGUUGAUAGUAAUGAAAGCCUGUUUGAUGAAAGCGACAAGCAGGAAGGAAGCAUUACAACUGUAGAGUUGGUGAAAACGGUGUCUGAUUACACUAUAGACUAUGGGCACAUUUCAAACGAUCCGUUUUUGCCUAGGUACAUAAACCACAUACAACAAUACUUCACCGAAGAUACAUGCUUAAGCCAUAAAGUUAGACUACUUGCUGAAUAUGUGGAUACUUUACUUUGCGGUCCGAAAGAGGACUACAUACCAUCGCAAAAACUGCACACUUUUAAAUUCCACAUUCAAGCUUUGAAAGAAAAACUGGGCAACAACAUAAUACCCAUAGGCUUCCUCAGGUUGGGCUUUCACUGCGAAAAAGCUCUGCUUUUUAAAGCGAUAGCCGAUAAGGUUUCAAUCCCGACCACAUUGGUUCGCGGUCGGGGUAACAUUUAUUGGAACGAGGUGGCCCUCAUGAGGGAAUACAACGUCGAGUGCAUUCAGUCGGGAUUCUGCGGGAAUUUGGAGAUGUUCGUUGUGGAUUUAAUGAGCGAAAUUGGAAAAUUGUUGCCAAUCGGAAGCAGGGACGCCAAUGCAUAUUGUAGAAUAUUUUGUUAG